UUGUCAACAUGACGCGAUUGUCAACAUAUCAUUAGAUAUCUAGUGAAAAUCACUCAAAAAUGACUGUUCUCAAGUUUGUACAUUUCAAACGUUGCCAAUACAAUAGAAAUUUGAUUUAUAUGCAAUAUGCAGUAAGAUGGCAAAGCAGUUGUAAUCCAUGUGUACCAGAGUGUCCACCUACACCACCAUGUCCGCCAUGUCCUCCUCCGUCUCCGCUAUGUCCUCCUCCUCCUCCUCCUCCGAUGUGCCCCCCACAUUACUGUUGCCCCAGAACUAAAUACCAAGUGAACUGGAUUUAUGUAAACGAUGUACCACCGACUACAACACUGAGAGACUUUUUUGAUCGCGCCACUCAGGUUUGGUUUUGGACGGAGCUUAUUCGAGGUUUUGCAGUGACCCUCGGACAUGUAUUUAAGGAGCCGGCUACAAUAAAUUAUCCAUUCGAGAAAGGCCCUCUGUCGCCCCGAUUUAGAGGAGAGCACGCGCUUCGGAGGUACCCAUCUGGAGAGGAACGGUGCAUCGCGUGCAAACUGUGCGAGGCGAUCUGUCCGGCACAGGCGAUCACGAUUGACGCGGAGGAGCGCAGUGACGGAUCGCGCCGCGCCACGCGCUACGACAUCGACAUGACCAAGUGCAUCUUCUGCGGGUACUGCCAAGAAGCCUGUCCCGUUGACGCCAUUGUGGAAGGCCCCAAUUUCGAAUAUGCCACCGAAACUCAUGAGGAGCUCUUGUACAAUAAAGAGAAGUUGCUUUUCAAUGGCGACCGGUGGGAAUCCGAGAUUUGUAGCAACAUCAAGGAUAAUCACUUAUAUCGUUAGUUGUUUAAAGAAAUGAACACAAAGUUAAAUGCUUCUAUUUAAGGGGCCUUUGGAGCGUGGAUUUCCUAUACAACCAAAAUAAAAUUUAAAGCGUGAAUAUUUCAACAUAAGAUUAAAACUGUAUCAAGUUCUUACUAAAAUAUUUUUUUUCACUCCCCUAAUAUAUGUACAAUUGUACAUGGUCAUUUGUUUAUACUAAAUGAAUCCAAAUAUAUUUUUAUGUGGGUGAAUUCAAACAAAUGUUGAGAUAUGUAAGUGAUUCGAUUAUUGUUUUGGUAAGUAACAAGGAUUGUAUGGAACUUAAACAUAUAAAGAGCAUACUCUGCUGGCUCCUUAAUGUCCCCUACAUUCAAUAAAAAUAAUUAUUUGUUUAAAAUGUGUGUAAAUGGAUUUUUUUAAAACAUAACAUAAACUAGUGGUUUCCAUGUAAUAUCAAACUGCACAUGACGUGCAAAGAACUGGCCGCAUUUUAAUGCUACUCAUAUUAUAAAUGCGAAAAUUGGUGCGGAUUUUUAUGUGUGUAUGUUUGUUACUCCUUCACGCAAAUUGAAAAUAAUACGAAUGACCCCAACAAAAAUUGUGUGCCAUUUUGAAUCCAUAAUAAUUAUUAAACAUCAUUAUCGUUAUGUAUGAAAUAAAUAAAUUAGAAGUG